AUGGGAGAUAGUAAGAAAAAUGCUGUUCCUAAAACCUCGUCUUCUUCUCUUGCUAUCGUCGAAGCAAAUCCUUCUGACAACAAAGUUGUCCCUAUUGAAGCACCGAUCAUAUCUUCUUACAAUGAUCGAAUCAGGCCGUUGCUUGACACUGUUGACAGGCUGAGGAAUCUGAAUGUGAUGAGAGAAGGGAUCCAGCUUCCGACCAUCAUCGUUGUUGGAGACCAGUCUUCAGGAAAGUCAAGUGUUCUCGAGUCCUUGGCCGAAAUCAGCUUGCCUCGUGGGCAAGGGAUCUGCACUAGAGUCCCUCUUGUGAUGAGACUCCAGAGGAGUUUUAGCCCUGAACCUGAGAUCUGGCUAGACUACAGUGGCAAAGUUGUUCCUACUGAUGAACAACACAUCGCUGAAGCUAUCUGUGCUGCUACAGAUGUCAUCGCUGGAUCUGGCAAAGGGGUUUCAGAUGCUACCUUAACGCUCCAUGUGAAGAAGGCUGGUGUUCCGGAUAUCACAAUGGUUGAUCUUCCCGGGAUAACACGAGUUCCGGUGAACGGACAACCUGAAAACAUCUACGAACAAAUAGCUGGGAUGAUCAUGAAGUACAUCGAGCCACAAGAAUCCAUCAUCCUCAACGUUCUCUCAGCUACAGUCGACUUCACCACCUGCGAAUCCAUUCGCAUGUCAAGACAAGUUGACAAAACCGGUGAACGGACUCUAGCUGUUGUGACGAAAGCAGACAUGGCCCCUGAAGGUCUCCUGCAGAAAGUCACCUCAGACGAUGUGAGUAUCGGUCUUAGCUACGUCUGUGUGAGAAACAGGAUAGGUGAUGAAAGUUACGAAGAAGCUAGGAUGCAGGAAGAGUUGCUCUUCAGGACUCAUCCACUGCUAAGCUUGAUUGACGAUGACAUUGUUGGAAUCCCUGUGUUAGCUCAGAAGCUAAUGCUUAUCCAAGCGGCAAUGAUCUCUCGCUGUCUCCCUGAAAUAGUCCGCAAGAUCAAUCUUAAGAUGGAAACCGCCGUGGUGGAGCUGAACAAGCUGCCGAUUGUCAUGGCUUCUACCGGAGAAGCGUUGAUGGCGUUGAUGGACAUCAUUGGCUCUGCUAAAGAGUCUCUGCUGAGAGUUCUUGUGCAAGGCGACUUCUCCAAAUACCCAGAUGAGGUGUAG